GUAUUGUACAGAGUGCCAACGCGGACUGCUUUUCUUCAAACUCCAACUUGUAACGCAGCAGGCGUGAAGAAGCUUACAGGAGGCGCUGUUGUGGUGAUCACAAUGCUGGUGAGGUCGCUUGCAUCUCUCUGCCUGCUGGCCGCUGUCGCCUUCGCCGUCCCUGCUCAGGAGAAACGUGUCCAUCACCAUGCCGAUCUCAGUGACCAUGCCCACGAUGACGCUCACGGCUUCCAGUACGACCACGAAGCCUUCCUGGGGAAGGAGGAGGCCAAGACCUUUGACCAGCUGACCCCAGAGGAGAGCAAAGACAGACUGGCGAAGAUUGUGGACCGUAUUGAUACAGACAAAGAUGGAUUCAUCAACCAUGCCGAGCUUCAUUAUUGGAUCAAACACCGUCAGAGGAGUUACAUCGCGGAGAACGUGAACAGACACUGGAAGGAUUAUGAUAAAAACGAGGACGACAAGAUAGCCUGGGAGGAGUACAAAAACACCACCUAUGGCUACUAUCUCGGUGAGGAGUUUGACGACAUCGAGGACAAGGCUACCUACAAGUCCAUGCUGACCCGAGACGAAAGACGCUUUAAGAUGGCCGAUCGGGACGGCGACGGGAUCGCCACGCGUGAGGAGUUCACUGCCUUCCUCCAUCCAGAGGAGUUUGAUUACAUGAAAGACUUGGUUGUACAGGAAACAGUUGAGGACAUUGAUAAGAACGGCGACGGCAAGAUCAACUUAGACGAAUACAUUGGUGACAUGUACACACCAGAGGAGGGAGAGAGUGAACCUGAGUGGGUCCAGACCGAGAAGAAACACUUCAAUGAGUUCAGAGAUGCCAACAAGGACGGUUACCUGGAUUCCAGUGAGGUGGCCCACUGGAUUUUGCCAGGAGAAGUGGACCAUGCUGACAAUGAAGCCAAACAUUUGAUCCACGAGACCGACACCAACAAGGAUGAGAAAAUAACCAAGAAGGAAGUCCUGGCCAACUGGAACAUGUUUGUGGGCAGCCAGGCCACCAAUUACGGAGAAGAUCUAACAAAGAGACACGACGAACUUUGAUGAGCUGUUGUGUUCCAGGAGGAGCUCAUCGGGGUUUUGUUGGUUCUCUUAAGUUUGUUCACAGGGGAGGGCGCGGGAGGGGGGUGUUUGUGUGUGGGAUUGUUGGGACAGGCCACUGGGUUCGACUCUGAUCGAGAGUAUGAACGCGUACUCUUGUUCACGCUCGCUCACGCUCAGCUACUAUUCAACACGCUGUCACAUACUGUGUAUGUGGAUACAGGUGAUGCACUCCCACAUUUCUCACUCUCACAGAAGUAUUUCAAUUUGAUAGUACAGUGUGUUUUGAGUUUGAGCUUCGAAAGUGGUCGUAACAUUUCUGAAUGACAACAGAGAACCGUCAUGGUGACGUACACUCCAUUGUUUGUGUCUGUCUUGUAAGUGAAUAUAAUUUGAGAAACAAAAGGCAAGCUUGUAGCAGUUAUUGCUACAGCUGCACUACGUGAUGUGUGUAGCGUGUCAGUAAACAUCCAACUUUGGCUGCUAAAAUAUGUUACUGCCAAAAGAACUGUUACAAACUGCCAGGACAAAUAAACCGUUUUUUUUUUA